ACGCGCUCAGUAUGUUGCAUUGGAUCAAACAUGAUAUGUUAUUAUCUUAUGCACAUCAGAACUUGCGAUCAUAUCGCUGAUGUUGUUCGCUGAAUGAUGUUCGGUCUCGCGCAGAGGAAAGUCGGCGGCGCGCUGACGUCACCAGGGUUUAUUAGCGCCGCGCGGAGCCGCAGACGCCAGUCAGUCCCUCUCCACUCCCGCAUGGAUCCAGGACUCAUGUCUGGAAAUCCCAACCGGAGUAAAGGAUUCACCUGAAGAAGAACACGCGAGCGGUCUGCAGAAGAAAGCCUUUCCGUCUCUGUUUUCCUCCAUGUGAAGGAAAAGGUUGAGAGAUGAACGAGAGCGGAGCGCUCAAUGAGAGCGCUGCGGGUCUGCCGUCGUCCUCAUGGCUGGAAGCCGAAGCCUUCGAUGGCAACCGCAGCCUGGCGCUCUCAUCGGCGGCCCUGGAUUUCCACGUGAACCCGUGGGACAUCAUGCUGUGCCUGUCGGGGACGGUGAUCGCCUGCGAGAACGCCAUCGUGGUGGCCAUCAUCUUCUACUCGCCAACGCUGCGUAACCCCAUGUUCGUCCUGAUCGGCAGCCUCGCCACCGCUGACCUCCUGGCCGGCAUGGGAUUAAUCCUGAACUUUGCGUUCCAGUAUCUGGUCUCGUCCGAGACCAUCAGCCUUAUCACGGUGGGAUUCCUGGUGGCUUCCUUCACAGCGUCCAUCAGCAGCCUGCUGGCCAUCACGGUCGACCGCUAUCUGUCACUGUACAACGCCUUGACGUACUUCUCCGAGAAGACGCUGCAUUACGUGCACCUGAUGCUGGUGGGAACGUGGGGUGCGUCGCUCGCCCUGGGACUGCUGCCCAUUUUGGGCUGGAACUGCUUGGACGACGCGUCCACCUGCAGCAUCGUGCGUCCGCUCAAGCGCACCAACCUCACCCUGCUGGCCGCGUCCUUCUUCGUCAUCUUCGCCCUCAUGCUCAGCCUGUACUUCAAGAUCUGCAAAAUAGUUUGUCGGCACGCGCACCAGAUCGCGCUGCAGCAGCACUUCUUCACCACCUCGCACUACGUGGCCACCAAGAAGGGCGUCUCCACGCUCGCCAUCAUCCUGGGCACGUUCGGCGCCAGCUGGCUGCCGUUCGCCAUUUACUGUCUGGUCGGGGAGCGCGAGUAUCCGCAGGUGUACACGUACGCCACGCUGCUCCCCGCCACGUACAACUCCAUGAUCAACCCCAUCAUCUACGCCUACCGCAACCCCGAGAUCCAGCGCUCCAUUUACAUGCUCUUCUGCGGCUGCUUUCAGAGCAACGGCUCGUACCGCUCCAGAUCGCCCAGCGAGGUGUAGAUCUUUGCUUUUCAACCCUGGAACAGUUUAUCCAACCUUUAGACAACAUUUUUUUUGUUGCUGUUGAGCAUCAUAUUUGAUACAUCAGGCUUUUAUGGCUAAUAUAGUCUGAUAUAGUGAGAGAAACAAACGCUAGAGGGCCAAACUUCAGUUUAUAUGCUCAAAAAUAAAGGUAAUGCAAAUCAAUGAGAUCUUUAUUAAUAUAAAUAUCUCCCAAUAAUGUGAUUUUUAAAUUCUUAGUUUAUGAUCAAAGCUCUGUAGUUUUAAAACAUAUAAUGCAAUGCAAUACAAUGAUGAUUGAGAGAUGAACAAAUAAACCUUCCUCAAAAGCCUGAUGAUCAUAUUUGAUACUCAUGAUUUUUCUACUGAACGAUGUCUGGAUAAUCAAGUAAACCGAAGUUGAAAUAUUACUAACAAUAUCAAAGUUAUUCUUACGUUUACUUGAUAAAAAUCAGUGCAGAUUUGACAGCAGAAAGACACGUGAAGCGGAGGACGUUUGUACAAUUAUACUAAAAGACUUUUACUGGAUAAAACAGUCUAAACUAUCAAUCAGACGACAGAAGGACUGGAGGAGAUUGCCUGCAUCAUUUAGAGGCCUUAGAAAUCCACGUGUCACAUACAAUACAGUAGGAUUUAUAGGGUUAAACACUCUCGUUCAUGUGCAUAAGUAUAAAUAUGGCGCUCAAAGUGUCUGUUGUUCAAUUGCACUUUACUGAGACCAGGACGUCUCGACACGCUGUGAACAAGCAACAACCCGCAUCGAGAAUGUAUAUUUAUAUUAUUUAUAAGCCACAUGUUGCACUUUACUGUACAAAUCUAGAUGCCAAAGCAGUAUUGCGUAGGCCUACGUGUUUUACUCAUGUGAUGGGUUUUCUAUUUUGUAAUGUUGUCCAUGAAUGUACAUUUUAUACAAAACAGUGAACACAAAAUAAAACAUGAAAAGCUCAAGAAAAAUGGACUGUUUUUUUUAUUGCUUUGUCGGGUCAAAGUGUGUGAGGAACUAAAGUAAUAAUGCAAAGGACAGUCCAACUAAAAAUGAUCAUUCUGUCAUCAUUUACUCAUUCAUGUCGUUCCAAGCCCA